CGGAGUCAGAUGUCAGUAUCACCGAUACAUCAGUAACUUGGGGGAAAAGUUAAUUAUCUCUAAACUGGUUUACAGAAAAAUAUGAAUUCGUUGCUGUAUGAGCCUAGAGAAGGGGUCGAGUUCAGCAAGCGGUCCGAGGUUCCCUUGCUGAAAGUUAGAUACAGCGUAUUUCAGACAGCUCUAUUUUGUAUGAUCGCAGACUGGCUGAAAGGAAAGGUCGGCAUAGGCGCUCCAACAGAAGAAACAGUAAGAGGUGAUGUUUCUGAAGUGAACAGUGCAGUUAAUGGUGACAUACAGGACAAGAUUCUAGAUGAAGAAUCAAAAUGUGUUUACGAUGAAAUGGUGAAAAUAAAAGUACCGGGACAUUUAAAGGUGGCAACUUCCCACCGAAGAUGGUUACGACUCACGUAUGAACUUUUACUGAAAAUAGGUGUCAGGUUUUCUGACAAAAUGUCUGACCUUGUUAGGAGGCACGAUUUGAGUAAAUACACUCACAGGGAAGUGCUCGGGUAUGCUGUCAUGUUUGGAGAUGGUUCGAUCGACUGGAGGCAGUUAGAAAUAGAAGCAGAAAAGAUAGAAUGGGAUAAUACCCUUCAUAAUCACUACGCCGGUAAUCCCCAUCAUCCGGAAUAUUUCUAUCCUCUACUAGAAGAUGGUAAAAGGGACAAGAGCGUGCCAAUGUUGAAACUAGACCCUGAAAAUGGCAAAGAUUUUGUCGAUGAAAGUAUAAUUGACAUGCUAGCCGCGCGCGGAGAGAGGGUUCUUGCUAAAGAUCCGGAAUUUAACGUAAAGAAAUGGUUAGAUAUCGAAGAAAGGUACCUAUUUAGAUAUGCCAAUGAAGACAAAAUGUAUGUCAAGGAGUGUUUGAAAAAAUACGAAGAAAUGGCCGAAGAGUUCUUUUCUGCAGAAGAAAAUGUUAAACGUUUCGAUGGAUAUUUUGACAGUAGGCAUGUGGUAUUCAAACCGUAUUGAAACUGAAAAACCUUUACGCAUGGUGCUUAUGACUUAUAUGUAGAAUACAGAAUCUAGGCCACCAAGACAAAAUGCCUUGGUUUUCAUAUAUGAAGCAUCAUCAUCAGGUGAAAAUGAGCUACAUUUUUUUGUACAUUCAAUGCUUUGAACUUAGUUUGCUUUUAUUUUACUCUAUAUCAGUGCAAUUACCGAAAAUAACAUGACUACCUCACUAUUUCAAAGUUUUUUUUUCUACUUCAGUCUUACUCACGUUGUGUACAGGAUCAUCUUUAUCUUUUUUACCUAUACAUGUAUUUAUAAUUUACAUGUGAUUAAAGAAUUAUUUAGCAUGACGAACUUCAAUACUGUACUUUUCAUAAAAUUUAACAGUAUAAUUAUCAGCUAAAUAAAAUCUAAAAAUGCAGCUUUUAAUGAUAUAACUGCGAUUUUUCUACAAGAUACCGACUUAAGGCAUGCUGAAAAAUGUAGAAUGAUAGCUAUAGAUAUCAUGGAUAUUGACGAGUAAAAACACUGGCGCUCUCUCUAAGCAACUUUUUUCAUAUUCUUUUAUUUCUGGUAAAAGUGAAUUGCUCUCAAAAACUAUUUAAGAUGUUUUACGAAAAUUGGACAUAAGACAAAAACUUUAUUGACAAUGUAUACUUGUGUAUUUGUGUUUUUUUUGUUGUUUGUGUGUGUAUGUGUGUGUGUGUGUGUGUGUGUGUGUGUGUGUGAAGUAAGCCUUCUGAGAUUCUUCAUUGAUUUUUACAAGUAUCAAAUGCAGUCCAGCCAGCAAACCCAUGUCUAGCCAUCACCAUAUCCAUAUCUUUUGUAUAUCGGAUAGAUAUCAAUGUCAACGACAUUUGGCCGAUAUUGGACUAUUGUUAUUUUUUUUUUAAUUUGUAAUUGACAACACUAACGGUAGACAGUAAAAUAUUCGUUUUACACACAUAACAUAAUAUAUCGCAAAAAACUGGUAAUAAAUGUGGUUUGUAUAUGUACAUAUAUUACGCUUUGGGGGUGGGGGGUGGGGCUAACUGACGAUAUUCCGACCACUUUUAUCUGAUAUUGAGCAUGCUCGCUUCUUUAGUUCUUUAUCUAUUCCUUUAUUACACACUGAAUGAAGACAUGCCAUUCUGAAAACACAUGUGCAUACGCACUCACCACGGGUGGUAAACGCGCAAUCCAAUUCCCACAGGGAAUACGCUAAAAAUGGGUUGCGCGACUUCCGGUGCUGGAGUUGCGCAUCAAUAUAUACAAAAUCGAGGUAGGUGGGUUUUUGUUUUUGUAAAUAAUGACACAUUUACGAAUGUUUUCGAAAAAAGCAAAAUGCUAUUCGACACAAAAAUGAAUAAAGAUCAUAUGUGUGAAAUACCAAGUUAUUUAUUUAAGAAUCAGCUCUGCUAUCACGAAAACUCAGCUGGCUCGAACUGUCAAAAAAGCAUGAAAUAAUGAAAAAUGUCAAUUUUCUAACUCUUGUGCCUUCUUUCUGGAAAUGUGACGCUUCUAAUGAUCAAACACGUGUUAAACAGUCAUGAAUAUUACAUACACUUGAAUGAAAUGUUGCUUUUGGGGGAAAUAUUGGCAAAAAAUAACCGGGAAUGGGGUUGCGCCCCGGGAAUGGAGUUGCGCGUAUACAUUAUAUACAUUAUGAUGUAUAUGAGCAACUCCAUUCCCGGUGCGCAACCCCAUUCCCGAUUAUUUUUUGUCAAUUAUGUCCCCGUAAGCAGGAUUUGAAGCAAAUAAUUUUGAUAUUCGUUACUUUGUAAUAGUUGAGUUAUCAUAAAAAGCAUCAAAUGUCCUCAGGUAAGGCAAAUGAGGUCAGAAACGUCCAUUUUUGUUGAUUUCAUACUUUUUCACGCUUCUUGUCGCCCGAGUUUUUAUGAUAAUAGAGCCGAAUCAUAACUUACAAACCAGAUAUUUUACACAUAUGAUGUAUUAUCAUAUUUGUGUCGAAUAGCAUUUUGCUUUUUUCGAGAAAAUUUAUUCUUGUCUCAUACUAAGCAAAAUGACAACUUCCUAUACCGAAAUUUCGUCUUUUUUUACGCGCAACACUAGCACCGGACGUUGCGCAACCCAUUUUAAGCGUAUUCCCAGCGGGAACUGGAUUGCGCGUUUACCACCCGUGCUCACGCACACAGUAAAUUAAAAUGUGUACAUAUAAUGUGAAUGUAUUUAAGAUUUAUGAUUGUUUCUUAAACGAUUUUUCCAUCAUUUUUCAGCGGUUUUUAAAUGGCGCUAAAAGCGAGAAGGUUUUUUUUUGUAAACCUAAUUUACUUUUUAGUUGGUAGUUUAUUGUGCAUGCAUUUACAUAUAUUUCGUUGUAUAAUUCCAAAAUGUUUUGCAAACAUACAAUAGAAUAAAAUACAAAUGUAAAUAAACAUUUCACUUAUUGUU